AUCACCGAAAAGACUGAUCCCACCCUCCGACGGAUUACCAAGCCUUCUGAAAUGCUCCGGCGAGCUCGCGCCCUCAUGGAGGUACUCAUUGAACUGGAGGAUUUUGUGCGCAUCGAUGUGGUCACUAUUUUCUCCAACGUCUUCGGCAACCACACACAGCCUCGAGAUCCCACAAAGGUGAUUGCCCUGUUUUUUUCUUCACUUCACGCUGGAUUGGAAAGCAGCAUGUAG